UUGUUUUAUAUACCUACUGAAAAUUGUUAGAAUAUCAAUCAUGUUUGGAUACCAUACGAAAGUCAAUUUUGUUUUUGGUUUAAUCUUAUUUGCAUGCACCAGUGCAAAUGAACACUUAAAUAACGAAACCAAUGAUUGCAAUCUGGACUAUAACGUAGAAAAAUUCUUUGAGGAUAUCAACGCCAUUGAAGUAAAAUAUGCGAAAGCACGAAAAACGUUCCACAGACUGGUGGGCGGGAAAGAGUUUGACGAUAACAUGAUAAAGGAGAUGGUGAGUCAGGGCGGGGCGGCGAUACGGACGGCCUACGAGCACGUCAAACCCAACACCAUCCCCGCGGGUAUCAACCUGGGCGGACAUGUUAUAAUGCGGCUGGAGAGAACUGUUCUAAUGUUCUACCGUUUGAGGUUGAGGAACAACACGAUAUUCCAACUGGACAGCAUUCGAAACAACUUCGAGGAUAUGACGCUGAGUGCGAAACUCAGGCUGAACGAGCUACACCUGUUCGGGACGUUCUCCAGCUGCUUGCGACGACGAAAAUCGUCACUGGCUCACGACUACUACCUCACUUGUCGACACAAAUAUGGCGAUAUUGAGAUUCUUCUCAGUAACGUACGGUACAAGGUGCAAGGAAGAUAUCGCCUUUUACAGGACAAGUUGAAACUGGAGCAUAUUGUGUCCAAAUUGGACAUAGAACACAUGGGUGUGAGCUUACCUGAUCGUCAGUUGUCACGACGCCAGUUCAAGAAUAUACAAGAGGACAGCAAGUGGCGGAGCAGUUUAGACGAAUUUAUCGUAAGACUGAAGACAGAUCUGGACAAAUGGAUGCUGGAUUACUUCAACGACUAUCUCAUGUAUUUCGUGGAGCUGGAAAAUGGACCGGAUGUAGACAAUUUCCUCCGAUAUGAUGGAGAAAGAACGAAGCUAGCGAACGAAUUCGUGGACAAUACUAUAGAACUUCUGACUAGUAGAUUGAGAGAUAUCCAUCAAGCAUGUCCAAAGAUACCAGACUACACGAUCUCACCUUCCACAAAAAUGGCGAUGUUAGAACUGUCGCGUGGUCAGCUCAUGGGUUUGGACAGCAUGUACAGACGAUCAGCUGCCACUGUAUCGCCGGGAGACAAUCGCGAAGUUAACGCAGUUGUCGGAUUUAGCAACAUGAAGGUAUACUAUUUUUACUACUUUGUGCGAAACAGACAUCCAUAUAAAGGGCUGAUAGUGCUAACGGCUGAUGAUGUGUCAGCGCAGCUAUCAAUCAAGCUAAACAAAUCAAGAAAGGACCAUGAACAAGUUGUUGUGAAGCUGAAAAUAUUGAACGUUGCUGAGACAAAUUUCCUAACCGUAAGAGGUUUGGGCUUGCUGCCUGCCUUUAAGUCGCUGCUGGAAAAUCAAAUCGAGAGUAUUAUGGCGCAAACGGUCGUUAAAGCCAUUAAAAACCUUGGAGCUGCUGCUAGAUGUGAGCCUACAAUUCUAGUAGAACCGUUUACAUUCGACGUUAACUCCGACGAUAAUGCACUAUCUGACGACGAAGAAUACGACGAUAAUGAUAAAACUGAAGAACCACAAAAUAUUUUGCGCCAUCAUCUUAGGAAAUAAAGGGAAGCUAUCGUCCAAAGCAAGAGGUACCAUAUUUUUAAAUCAAAAUUGUAUCAUGUGUGUCUUGUC